AUGUCUUUAUCAAAACCUGUCGUGAAGAGAAAAGUUAGCGAUGAGCACAGACAAUUUCAGGAGAAGUGGGAGCUGCAAUAUUUUUUUGUUGAGCACAGGGGCAUUCCAACGUGUCUAAUAUGCUCGGAAAAAGUUGCGGUGCACAAGGAGUAUAACAUUAAACGUCAUUACUCAACAAAACACGCCGAGGAGUAUGCAAAGUACCUGGGAGAUGAGCGAGAGGACCGGGUCGCCAAACUUAAAACAUGUCUUCUGAGGCAACAAGAUUUUUUCAAGAAAGCCAAGAAAAAGAGUGAAGCGGCUCUCAAAGCUAGCUACGUGGUGAGUGAGAUGAUCGCUAAAGCAGGAAAGCCGUUCAAAGACGGUGAGUUCAUCAAACAAUGCAUGUUACAGGCUGCCAGUAUAGUCUGCCCGGAAAAAAAGGCUCAGUUUAGUAACAUCAGCUUUUCAGCCAACACAGUGGCAGAGCGCAUUUCUGACAUGUCAGAUAACAUUUAUGAUCAACUGCGUGAGAAAGCUAAACAUUUCCAUUCUUACUCACUCGCUCUUGAUGAGAGCACAGACGUCACUGACACGGCGCAGCUUGCAAUAUAUGUCCGUGGUGUUGAUAACAAUUUUGAAGUUACGGAGGAGUUGCUCACAGUGAUUGCAAUGCAUGGCCAGACCACCGGUCAGGAGAUAUUCCGCCAGCUGUGUGAUUGCAUUGGGGAUGCCGGCUUACAAUGGAAGUGUUUGGCUGGAAUAACUACAGAUGGGGCGCCAUCAAUGACAGGGAGGAAAAACGGACUUGUAGCACAUGUUCGAAGAAAACUGGAAGAGGAGGGUGUGGAAGAUGCCAUUGCUCUGCACUGCAUUAUCCAUCAGCAGGCCCUAUGCAGCAAAAUCUUAAAGUUUGACAAUGUGAUGUCUGACGUCGUGAAAUUCAUCAACCAUAUCAGAUCCAGGGCUUUAAAGCACCGGCAGUUCCGUGACUUUUUGGUUGAAAUAGAGUCAGAAUAUGAGGACGUGCUCUCCUUUACCGAGCGUUUUUUUGUGAUGCGGCCCAGCCUCACCCAGACUCUACCUCCAGCGGCCCCUAGAAGGCCGUGUGCACCGGGCGCCAUGAGCGGGGGUCAGCCGGGCGCCAUGAGCUGGGGUCAGCCGGGCGCCAUGAGCUGGGGUCAGCCCGUCCGGCACAAAGACAAUCUGCAUUCAUCACAUCUGUAUUCUUCCUUCACCCUAAAUGUGGAGCAGUGGUUAAGACGAGCUCCAGGGGCCGAGGUGUGA